UCUCAGUCUUCUUGCUGACGUCUCACCGGUAAAAUCCAUCACCGAGCGAGCGAAGCGCCGCUCCAUCUUCAGGCCGACUCCGCUCGCCCCUCGGCGGCCUGACGGAGGGCGACGAGCCGCUGACACUCGGAGCGGAGCCGGCACCGGUACCGGCACCGCCGUUUGCUUCCUUCCCCGGCGACGAUGCGUUGACGUGGGGCGAGAGAGACGGGAGGACUCGGUCGGAGGGUCAAGCUUGGGAACGGCACUUUCCCCCCCCACAAUGUCAGCACCGAGGAGAGCCGUCUGAAGCGUCUCCGGCUGCCGCACCGUCGCUUCUCCUGCGGGGAUGAGCAGGACCACCUGACCGGCGCGGAUACUGCUGGCGUCCGUUUGCAUGAGACGCCGACACUGGGCACGACUCUGUUCUGAGGAGGACGAAGAAGAAGGAGAAGCAGAAGAAGAGGAGGAGGAGGACGAGCUGGUGGGCAGCGGGAGAGUGGCUGCAAGAGGCAGGACAGACGAGCUCGUCCCGGGGGGAGGAUGUGAAGAUGGGCCCGCUGGUGGCGCUCGUGUGGCUCUUGAGCGGCGUCGUGCACGGCGGACACGCGCAGGGCGUGUACGCGCCACCUACGGUUGCCAUCGUGCACUCGGGACAAGCCUGUAACGUAGAGGAGGAACGACACAGCGAGCGAGUCUAUACCAUCCGGGAAGGAGAAACUCUGGAACUCGUCUGCCUGGUGACCGGACACCCGCGACCGCAGGUACGCUGGACUAAAACAGCAGGCGGAAAUUCCGAGCGCCAAGGAGACUCCUGGGCACAAAACGACACCUUGAAGAUUGAAAGCAUCAACCGCCACCAGGGUGGGCGCUACUACUGCAAAGCCGACAACGGCAUGGGGACCCCCGCCAUACGCUCCAUAAGAGUCGAUGUAUACUUUCUGGACGAUCCGCUGAUCACGGUGCACCAAAGCGUGGGCGACGCCAAGGAGCUCUUUUACUUCGAGCGGACGGUGUUUCUACGCUGCGUGUCUACGUCCAACCCGCCCGUCCACUACACCUGGAGGAGAGGUCGCCAGGUCCUCUCUCAAGGAGCGGACGCCGGAGUGGACAUCUAUGAGCCGUUCUUCACGCAGGUGCCGUCUCCCUGUCCCUACUUUUCUCUUCCAAGAUGGCUAUUAGCUUUUGCUUGCCAAACUGCCUUUCAGGGCGAGACGAAGAUCCUCAAGUUGAAGAACCUUCGUCCUCAGGAUUACGCCAACUACACGUGCGUCGCCUCCGUCAGGAACGUCUGCGACAUACCGGACAAGAUUGCGCACUUCAGCCUCAACAACAAAACAGCUCCUCCCUCCAUCAAGCUCCUGCUGGACGACCCCCUGGUGGUGAACCCGGGCGAUACGGUGACCCUGGUGUGUGUGGCGUCCGGCGGGGAUCCCCCUCCCGUCCUGAGGUGGGUUCGUCCCGGCGGGGAGCCGCUCCCCAAGAGGAGCGUGGACAAGGGUGGCACCCUCACCAUCCCUGCCAUCGGCGUGGACGACGGGGGCGCCUACAGCUGUCUGGCGGAAAACAACGUGGGCAACGCCGCCAGGAAGUCUGCCAAUGUCCUCGUCAGAGGUCUCCGCAAGGCUCGUUUCUGGAUCACUCCGGACCCGUACCACAACGACGACCACAUCCAGAUCGGUCGCGAGGUGAAGAUCAGCUGCCAAGUGGAAGCCACGCCCCCCGAGGAGCUGCGCUUCGGGUGGCUGAAGAACGGUCGCCCCCUGCGAAGCUCCGAGCGAAUGGUCAUCACGCACACGGACGCCGAAAUUUCGCCGGGCGUCACCGACCUGGACAUCAUCGACCUCAAGUUCACCGACUUUGGCACGUACACCUGCGUGGCGUCGCUCAGGGACGGGGGAAGUCCCGAGAUCAGCAUCGACGUCAACAUCUCGUCCACGACGGACCUCCAUCCGUCUGUUCCGCUUUAUCGACCGGACUUCUGGGGUUGGUCCGCAGUCCCGCCGGAGCUGACGGUGCCCAGAGGGCGCUCUCACAUCAUCGCGCAGGAGGGCGAGGCGGUGGAACUCCAGUGUUUGGUGUCGGGAAAACCCAAACCAGUCAUCCUGUGGUCCCGGGUGGAAGACGGCCCCGCGGCGGCGGUCACGGCCGAGUUGCCAGCGGGGGUCGCGGCCGGAGCGCCCCCGGCGACCGAGGACCCCGCCCACACGGAAAGUAACGACGGGAUCCUGAGGCUGGGAAAUGUGACGCGGGAGAUGGGCGGAACUUACUGCUGCCGGACCAGCCAGUACAACGGCUUCAACGUCAAACCCCGACAGGCGCUGAUUGAGCUACUGGUGCAUUUCCCCCCGGUGGUGGAGCCAGCAUUCUCCGAGGUGCGUCAGGCCCUGGGCCGGGCAUUCACCCUGACGUGCCGACUGCUGCGCGCCCACCCGGCCCGGCAACUGCGCUACGAGUGGAAGUUGGGCUCCCGCCUCCUGACGGUGGGCCAGUUGGACGAGCAGCACGACGACACGCACUACCAGGUGCGCGCUCUCAACCGCGAAGGAUACGGAGAGUACACCUGCGACAUCAGCAACGAAGCCGGAGCAGGGAGGUGCACCUUUCUGGUCACAGGGAAAGCAUACCCUCCUGAGUUCUACUACGACACCCGCGGCGCUCUGUGGCAGAACCGGCCACGCUCCUACGGCUUCAAGCUGCAGUGGACCCAGAUGGAGCCCGCAGGUGUGGACCGCAUCCUGGCCUACAGGUUGGGCAGACGACAGGUAGGGCAAGGGCGCUGGUGGGAACAGGAGAUCCCUAUGGAGGCCAACAUCCACAAGGGGGAGUUGUUGACAUACAACCUGACAGACCUGGUCAAACCCGAGUCCUACGUGGUCCGCCUGACGCCCAUCACUCGCUACGGCGAAGGCGACGCCACUGAGCGCAUCAUCGCCUACAGCGCUCCGGUGAAUCCACACCUCAGGGAGUUCCAGUGUGCUUUCGAGGACGAGGCCUUGUGUCUCUUCUCUCAGGACAAAAGCGACGAUUUCGAUUGGACGCGCCACAGCGCCGCCUCCCGCGACACCAAGUACACGCCCAACACCGGACCAAGCGCCGACCGCCGUGGCUCCAAGCAAGGGUACUACGUCUACAUCGAGACGUCACGUCCCAGAAUAGAGGGCGACAAAGCCCGCCUCCUGUCGCCCUUUUUCAACACAGGCUCUAAAAGCGGUGCCGCCUAUUGCCUGUCUUUCUACUACCACAUGUACGGCAAGCACAUCGGAGCGCUCAACGUCUUCCUGAGGCAAAAAGGCGCGCCGCAAGCAUCAGAGACGACGGUGUGGAGUUUGAGCGGUAACCAAGGCGACCGAUGGCGCCGCGCCGCCGUCGACAUUCACCCUAGCGCGGACUUCCAGGUGAUGCUAGAGGGUGUGCGUGGCGCCGGCAUCGAGGGUGACAUCGCUGUUGAUGACAUCGCCAUUCAAGAAGGUCCAUGCAAAGAUCCACCGUCCAACAACCUAAUCUCAUUCUCCCCGCCUUGCCAGCCCAGCUUAUUCCUCGUCACUCUCAGCUUGACUCUGAUAGGCCAACGGAGGUGACAUCGCAACCGCUUUUAGCCCCGCCCGCUCCUGCCUUUUGCGUCAACGGCUUUGAGCUUAGUUUAAGAUUCGUUCCCAAUUGUUUCGCCACAGUGAACCCGCUGGCGACCCCACGAACUGUCCUACGUACGAUCGACCGGUCGGCCAUCUUGAAUCGCAAAUUACGAAAAAAAAAAAUCGCAGUAUGCCUACACAAUACGAAAAUUUUCAACUCUGUAUCGAUAUGGCAGCCAAUGACGUAAAAUAGAUGAUUGAUUUUUUUGUUGUUGUUGUUAAGAACCUAUUUUUGUCCUUCUGCUGCGAAUUUCAAAGACUUUAUCACGAGUAGAUGUCCAAUCCAUUUGAAGUGGAAGUUUUGGCAGUGAAUGAACGAAUGUUAUGGAUGUCUUCGCGUGAUAAACUGGUUUUCAUACCUUUUUCAUACAUUAGCAUUUUUAAAAAGGAUGAAAAUAAUGUUUUUUUUAAAAAUAUGUAGUAUGAAAAACUAUCAAGAAGUAUAUUUAAAAGAAUGAAAAACUAUAUAACUAAUUGGGUACCAUUGACGGCGCCAGAUGUCCAAUCCAUUUGAAGCUUCAAAUGGAUCGGACGUCUACAAGCGAUGAACUUCCUUCAACUCACGACCGAAAGACCAACAUAAUUGGACUUCUAUCGCCGUCAAUGGCGCUGAAAGCAUUAACACACACACACAGAUACAAACCCCUCCCGUGAGAACACACACUUGCGACAGUCGUCCGCCAUGACACUUAAGUGCCUUCAGACUGAGCGACAUCCCAGCGACGAGGAAACGACAAAACCCGCUGGAAUUUAUUUUUCAAACAAGCACAACGAGGAUAAAUCCACUUCCCGUCUCGGCAGGAAGUUCCCGAGCGAGAGGCGGGACAACGAGGACGUUGGCGGCGAGCGCUUUUAUGUCAACUUUUUUCCUCCCUUUAGCAUGUUUGACUAAGUGUUGGACAAUAAAAAAGAUUUUUUGGGUCAAAUUGAGGUGAUGAUGUCAUCACUUUCAUUGUCAACGAGUGGGAAAUUUGCGGUGAGCACAUUUAUCACCACUAGGGGGCCUUGCAAGGUGAUCAUCUGCUGCCAGCCCUAUUACUUAAUGAAUUAUGGAACUGUAUAAUAUAUUUUCCACAGAAAAGAUCUCAUUUUGAUUCAUUACAAAGAUAAUUGUUUGCAUUCAUGAAGGACUAAAGAAAUCCCCCCCCCCCCAUUUUUUUGUUUAAUAU